AUUAGAACUCCCCCGAACGCGAGGAUUGAGGAGGGCUGUUGUGUCUGUGGAACGCGCUGCGUGCUGAUGCUAGGUGUAGUGAGCUGUUUCAAAGGGAAACGGGGAGGUACAAUUCCCCGAUGCAAUCACUGCACCGGAUGCACGUUUAUAGUCACAGAUAAAUAUUGUCCUGUGUAAAGCGUACGCUUCUAUGACUGCUCGCUUUAUUGAUGCAACUGGCUAAUUUGCUAACGGGUCCGUGCAGAUGCCAUUCCAGCGGAGGAAAAGGGGACAUGAAUACGCAAGACAGUAUGGCUUUCCCUCUUCCUGUAGGAUGUGUUGAAAACACAGAAACGGCACAGCUGUACGCCUUUUAACUUACUCGGAUAUCUGUUUUCUUCUUGAACAAGAAUACUUUACUGCUUUAAUGCGCUCGCACGGGUGGAUUCUGAUGUAUUGACAGGGCCGCUGUCCGACCCGCACGGCUCGGCUCGGCUCAGUGAGUCUGCAGCUAGCUGGAUCCAAGGAGCUGGAGUGCGCUGGGGCCUCGGUUUUAUAAUACACAUUUUGGGAGCUCUUGGAGCUUACCAAGGGAAAGGGUCGGAGGCCAAUCCCCCGGUGACAGAUGUGACAUUGGGGAGAAAUCAUUGUCCUUUUUGUUUUGUCCUUUUGUUAUUUUGGAUUUGAAUGGCAUAUUCGAGUUUCUGCAAGCGAGGCGAAAGCCGUGAUGAUGGAAUGAUGGAGGGUUGAAUCUCAACCAUUCUAAUACGUCUAGAUGGGGCGAGACAGAACUGAUGAACCCUAACGUUAGCUAGUUCUACCCCCAAACCAACACCGCUAUCCGAAUUGGGGAAAACGGACCCACUCUCCACAUCUGGAUAUAUCUACACUUCUCUCUGUCUCUCUUACCCAUUUCAAAACCCCCCAAAGGCAUUCAUAAAACAUGGAUAAACUCACUAUAAUCUCAGGGUGUCUGUUCCUUGCAGCCGAUAUCUUUGCCAUCGCAAGUAUUGCAAAUCCAGAUUGGAUCAACACUGGAGAAUCAGCAGGUGCUCUGACGGUGGGCUUGGUGCGGCAGUGCCAGACAAUCCACGGGCGCGAGCGGACCUGCAUCCCUCCACGGCUCCCGCCGGAGUGGGUGAUCACGCUGCUCUUCAUCAUCAUGGGCAUCGUCUCCCUCUCCCUCACCUGCGGCCUUCUCAUCGCCUCGCACUGGCACCGCCACGCCACCAAGUACGCCCGCUGGAUCGCCUUCACCGGGAUGAUCCUGUUCUGCAUGGCCGCCCUCAUAUUCCCCAUCGGCUUUUACAUCAACGAGGUGGGAGGGCAGCCCUACAAGCUGCCCAACAACACGGUGGUGGGGUCCUCCUACGUCCUCUUCGUGCUCUCCAUCUUUUUCACGAUAGUCGGACUGCUGUUCGCGGGGAAAGUCUGCCUGCCCGGCUGACGGUGCUCCUCCGGUGACGUCUGUUUGAAAUUCCAGCGGAGAGGGGCUUCUGUGAAGACCGGUAUUUCAGAAUGACCAUCAAAGCAAAAAGCACAAAAAAAAUCAAACAGAACAAAAAGGGCCUAACGAUGAGCCCCGCGGCGCCGCAGAGCAUGACCCGGGCAGCAGGGGGCGUGGGCACGCCCAAACGCACUGCCAGCUGUGUGGUUGCCAUGGCAGCUGCUCCUGCACUGUGACAUCACACAUUCAGAGGACCUGUAUUUCACUAAUGACACAUUUGUAAUUAUAUAUAUAUAUAUAUAUAUAUAUGUAUAUAUGUAUAUAUAUAUAUGUAUAUAUAUUUAUAUAUAUAUAUGAAUCUUUUACCCUCUUCCUCAACUGUUCCUUUUCGUGUUUAUUAUGGUUUUUAUGAUUAGUAUUAUAUUUGGGUCCCUGUAUUCACAAAAGUAUGUCGAGAAAUCCUCCGAGUAUUGACCCACUGAAGUGCCACCUCUACUGCCCCCUGGUGGCAGCUCAGGAAACAGGCUGUGCAAAGGCUGCAGUACCUGGUAGAUUCCGGGGUGGGGGUGGGGGGGGCGGGGUC